AUGCAGCGGGAGCAGAGGAAAGCCGCGGAGCCGCCGGGACCUCGUUGUGCCGAGCUGGGCAGCAUCGGGCGCGCCGAGAGCCCGCAGCGAAACCAUCGCGCCCUCGGCACCGCCAGAGCCCAUUCACCGAAAAAAGCGGCGGUUCGGGGCUUGUUUGGGCAUGAAAACCCAAGCGUUCCCCCAGCGAGCGGCUGCCCGGGCUCUCCCCGCCUGCCUCCGGCGCCGGCGAGGCGUGGGCGGCGAGCGGAGCGCGAACCCGCCGCUCCCGAGAACCGCCAUGAGCCGCUCGGAGGAGAGGGAAACGCUCCUGACAGGCAGCUGCCGCACACCACCGGCAGCGGGGCCGCCGCUCGCUGCCACAUGGGGACAGACAGACAGACAGACGGACGGACAGACGGGCACGCGCGCGGCUGGGGCGGGCACCCUGGAGCUGCAGCCCUCGGCCGGGGCCAGCGCAUCCUCCCCGGGGCCAGCACCGCAGGGCCCGGGCCAGCACCUCGGGCCAGCGCAACCUCACGGGUGCGAACCCAUUGCAUCCCGGGUGGAUCCUCCCGGCGGCCAGCACCCAGCACCGAGACCAGCACCCAGGACCCGCACCUGCACCCGGAUUCGAGGCCAGCACCCCGGGGCAGCGCAUCCUCCCGGGGCUAUUCAGCACCCACCGCAUCCCGGGUGGGUGCUCCCAGCAGCGGGACCGGCCGCCGGCACCGGGACCUGCACCGAGGAGCGGGGCCAACAACCGCGACCACCACGCCGGGGCUGAGCCCAACGCACCCCCUGUGGAUGCUCCCCGGGGCCAGCCCCCAGCCCCGGGACCAGCCCGCAGCACCGGGGCAGCUCCCGGUCAGGCUCCCCCGCCGCAGCCCGCCAUCCCCGCCGCCUCCCCGGCACCGGUGCCCCGAGCCGAGCCCAGCCGAGCCGAGCCGUGCCCGCACCCCCGCCCCGGGCCCGUCCCCGCCGCGGUACCUGGCUCAGCUCCGGCACGGCCCCGCCGCCGGGCUCACCCGGGCGCCGCCGCCACCGCCCUCCGCGCCGUGCGGGGCCGUGCCGUGCCGUGCGGGGCGGGGGGCCGGGCCCGGCAGCCUGGGAGAUGUAGUCCUUGGCCUCCCGGAGGGGCUUGUGGGACUUGUAGGAGGAGAGCGGGACCGCCUGCGCCCACCCGCCGCACUGGGAUCUCCGGGAUCCCAGCCCGGUACUCACCCCGGCACAUCGGCAUCCCCCAGCCCCCAUCGGCAUCCCCGGUACUCAGCCCCCGGUACUCAUCCACCGGGAUCCAUCCACCCCGGUACCCACCCGGCGCAUCGGUACCACCCUGCACACUCCCGGUACCCAGUCCAGUACCCACCGCGGUACCUACCUCGGUUCCCAUCCCUGUACCCACCCGGCGCACCGGCAUCCCGGGUACCCACCUGGUACCUGCCUCGCGGCCCGUGCCCGCAGCGCACGCUGGGAGCUGUAGUCCCUCAUAACACAGCGCUCCUCAGCGGCAGCGGGGGCUGGACUAAAGGUCCCGGCAGGCCCCGCGGUGGCGGCCAUGGCGGCGGAGUGGAGCGCUCUCCUCCUCACCUGCCGGCGCGGCCAGGGCGCCGUGUCCGCCCUGCAGCGAGGCAAGCGGCGGGGCGGGCGCCCUCCCUCCCUCCCUGCCCGCCGCGGCGGGGCGGCGGGGACCGGCUCUCAGCGGCGCCCGCCUCUCGCUUGGCAGAGCUGGAGGUGCGGCGGCUGCGGGGCGCGCUGGGCCCGCGGCCCCCCGCGCUGCUCCUGGCCGUGGAGGACCCCUGGGCCCGCCUGGGCAGCGGCGGUGCCACCCUGAACGCCUUGCUGGUGGCGGCCGAGCACCUCAGCGCCCGCGCCGGCUGCACGGUGGUGACCGCUGACGUGCUGAGGGACGCCCGCAUCCUCAUCCUGCACAUGGGCCGCGACUUCUCCUUCGACGACUGCGGCCGCGCCUUCACCUGCCUGCCCGCGGAGGAGCCCGGCGCCCCGGCCGAGGCGCUGGUCUGCAACCUGGACAGCCUGCUGGGGACCAUGACACACCGGCUCUGUGUGGGCUCCCCGCCCGGCGUCUGGGUCUGCAGCACCGACAUGCUCCUCACCGUGCCCUCGGCACCAGGGAUCAGCUGGGAUGGCUUCCAGGGCGUCAGAGUGAUCGCAGUGCCCGGGAGCCCGGUGUAUGCCAGGAACCACGGGGUCUACCUCGCUGAUGAGCAGGGGCUGGUGCGUGACAUCAUCUACAAAGGCACAGAGGCCCAGAUCCAGCAGUGUGCAGGACCUGAUGGCACCGUCCCGCUGGUCUGUGGGAUUGUUUUCUUCUCCUCGGACGCUGCUGAGCAGCUUCUGGCCACCCAUGUUAUCUCUCCUCUGGAUGCCUGUACCUACAUGGGGCUGGACUCAGGGGCACCUCCCAUCCAGCUCUCCCUCUUUUUUGACAUCGUGCUGAGCAUGGCAGGGGGGAUGACAGAGGAGGAUUUUGUGAAGGGUGGCAGCGAUGCCAGCGUGAGGAACGCCCGCUCCGUGCUGUGGACAGCUCUCCGUGGCUUCCCUCUUAGCAUGGCCUGCAUCCCUGAUGCGUCCUACGACUACAUGACCACCUCUGCAAGUGACCACAUCCGCAGCCUGACUCUCUUGCCUGGCUCUGCCAGUCACCUCCGCUUCUGCAAGACAGCCCAUUCCCACGUGGAUCAGCCCUGUCUCCUGGAGGAUGGCUCUUCAGUCACCAACUGCCUGCUGGAAGGAGCUGUGGGGCUGGCAGCCGGCAGUGUCAUCCAGCACUGUCACCUCCAGGGUCCCCUGGAGAUCGGUCCUGGCUGCCUCCUCUCGGGCCUCGAUGCGGGCUCCUCACCAGCCCUGCGGGGCUGUCCCCUGCGUGACAUUGUCCUGCAGGGCCACCACGUCCGGCUGCGUGACCUGCCCUGCCGCGUGUUCACUCUCACCGGCCGCCUCGACGACUGGCAGAGCCCUGUGGAAGAGGCCACCUACCUGAACGUGCCCUGGCCUGAGUUUUUCCAGCGCACUGGCAUACGGGAAGGGGACCUUUGGGACGCCGAGGCGCCGCGGAGGAGCCGCUGCCUGCUGAGCGCGCGGCUGUUCCCGGUGCUGCACGCCUGCGAGGCGCUGGGGCUGCAGGACGUGCUGUGGCUGCUGGCCCCGGCCGCGGUGCCGGGCGAGCGGCUGGCACGCUGGCGGACGGCCUGGCGCAUGUCCUGGCAGGAGCUGCUGCCCUGCCUGGACACGGCGGCCGAGCUGGGCACCCGCCAGGCCCUUUUCUUCCUGCAGGGCCAGCGCAAGGUGCGGCGGGUGCUGCUGGGGCGCCAGGACAGCAGCCUCCUGCCGCUGGCCCGUAGUGCCGUCCACGAGGGCUACCAUGAGGCCGUGCUGGGCACGCUGGAUGAAGUUGCCUCCACGGCCGGUGACGCUGGCGUUGCAGCACGAGCGCUCGCCUGCAUCGCCGAGGUCCUGGGCUGCAUGGCACGAGGGGAAGGGGGCUUGCGGAGCGGCCCUGCUGCCAACAGGGAGUGGGCCUCGGCUUUUGGGUGCCUGGAGCGCGGGGACGUUGCCAGCGGUGUCCGGGAGCUGGCUGCCGAGCGGCAGAAAUGGAUGAGCCGGCCGGCUCUGCUGGUGAGAGCGGCUCGGCAUUACGAGGGGGCCGAGCAAAUCCUGGUCCGGCAGGCGGUGAUGUCCUCGUGCCAGUUUGUCACCGUGGGGCAGGCAGAGCUGCCACCCUUGGGGCACUGGGUGCAGGUGGCUUGUCCGGCCCGCCUGGACCUCUCCGGUGGCUGGAGUGACACCCCCCCCAUCACCUACGAGCACGGGGGGGCCGUGGUGGACGUGGCGGUGCUGGUGGACGGGUGCCGGCCCAUCGGUGCCCGGGUGCGGCGCAUCCCCGCGCCGGAGCUGCGCCUCGUCAGCCUCAGCGGGGCCCCACCGAGCCAGGCGGUGACAGAGCUGGUGUGCCGGGAGCUGGAGCACCUGCAGGAUUACUGCCAGCCACACGCACCAGGAGCCUUGCUCAAAGCUGCCUUCAUCUGCACCCAGGUCGUGCAGUUCCCCUCACAGAAACCCUUGCGGGUCCAGCUGAUGGAGAGUUUUGGGAGUGGCUUCGAAGUGCACACCUGGUCCACGCUGCCCCACGGGUCUGGCCUGGGCACCAGCAGCAUCCUGGCGGGAGCGGUGAUGGCAUCGCUGUACCGGGCGGCUGGGAAGGCUGCCAGCACCGAGUCCCUCAUCCACGCCGUGCUGCACCUGGAGCAGAGGCUCACGACAGGUGGUGGUUGGCAGGACCAGGUUGGUGGGCUCGUCCCUGGCAUCAAAAUCGGAAGGUCGAAGGCCCAGUUGCCCCUCAGGGUGGAAGUGGAGCAGAUCCCGGUGCCUGACGGUUUUACCCAGACCCUCAGUGAUCACUUGCUGCUGGUGUACACGGGGAAGACUCGCCUGGCCCGCAACCUGCUCCAGGACGUGGUGAGGAACUGGUACGCCAGGCUGCCCUCCAUCGUGCAGAACACUGAUGCGCUGGUGAGCAACGCUGAGGAGUGUGCCCAGGCCUUGAGGCAAGGUGACCUGGCGCUCAUUGGCAAGUGUCUGGACCGCUACUGGCAGCAGAAGAAGGUCAUGGCCCCUGGGUGUGAGCCGCUGGCCGUGGGGCACAUGAUGGACGCUCUCCGGCCCCACGUCCACGGGCAGUGCUUGGCCGGGGCCGGCGGCGGCGGCUUUCUUUACGUCUUAACCAAAGCCCCACGGCAAAGAGAGGCUCUGCAGCAGAUCCUGGCUGGCACCGAGGGGCUGGGCAACUUCAGCAUCCACAGCAUCGAGGUGGACACGGGCGGUUUCUCUGUGGAGGUUGUGGGAUGUGAUACGAAGGAUGGUGCUCGCCCUGGAGAGGACAGGGCUGUGUGAAGGCCUUCAGCCCUGGCCAGUUCCUGGCAGAUACACAGGAAAUCCUCACUGCUUUAGGGGCAGCUCCAGCAGGUGCCUUAGGUCUUGAUAUGGCCUUUUUGUGCUGCUGCU